ACCAGACCUACGCUCUGUGCGGUUUCAUCCGCGCCCGUGGUGAGAGCGAUGACUCCCUGAACCGCCUCACCCAGCGUGACGGCUACCUCAAGAACGUCUGGACCGCCAGCCGCCAGCGCUAAGCGGACGGUAUGUCACUGGGCGGUGUUUCCAAUUUUUAUGGGUUUUUUGAUGUCGGGUAUUUGGUGAUGGUAAGCCCCUCUUUUCUCUUUCUCGCGGGGACAGACACUGCCGCUUCGGGUUUCCAACAGCCGGUGUUCUCCCAUCAUCUGAAACCUACAUCAGAAACCAUGCUAACUUUAUCGUGUGACAGGAUGAGAUGUUAUGGUCAACAUCAUGAUAUAUCUUAUAUCCAAAAAAGAACUUGAAUGAAAGAAAAACUUCAAUAAAAAUCCACACCCGCCCCUUUAU